AUGGCCAAGAAAGCCACUGUUUUCCGGAUUACGGCCACGGUCAAGGAUAUCUGCGUUGACGCAGAUGAAUGGUUGACGAUGGUGGGCGUUGGAGAGGUGCUCUCUCUGAACGCAGUCGAGGAAGCGACUUUGGUACGCAAAAUUGACUGUCAUAUAAUGCCUUUGAUGUGUGUUGUGUAUAUGCUUUAUUUUCUCGACAAGACAACACUCUCCUACGCCAGCAACAUGGGUUUCAGACGGACCUUCGCCUCCAUGGUGACGAAUACGAGUGGCUAG